CCAGGUCGUGGGAGCCCCGCGGUGUCCCCUUCGCUCCAGGAGGUCAGGUGCCCGGUCCACCCAAGGGAGACGUCCGUCCCGGGGGCGGUUCCCAGCGGCGCUGCCACUACAACUCCGCACUGACGCCAGCAGCCGCCACCGCCCACUUUCACCCGCCGCCUAGCUUCCAACUCAGUACGCCACACCACCAGGCCGCCUUUCUGUCGGAGGACAGCGCUCACUCGGGCGGGAAGCCCUCUCCUUUAAGACGCGUCCCGGAAGCGGUACCGCGGCAGAGCCGGUACCGGAAGUGAAUUAGGCCGGCAGCUGCAAGCGGCCGGCUGAGGAGCUUCCUCCGGGGGCCGGGCAGGCGUCGCUGUUGCGGCGGGGGGGUGCCGCUUAGGUUCGGGCUGGCCGGGUGCGGCCUCGGGGAUGCCCAUGGGGCGCGGAGGGCCGGGCCGGUGACGCCGGACGCCCAUGGACGCCCCUGAGGAGCCGCUGCCGCCGGUGAUCUACACCAUGGAGAACAAGCCCAUCGUCACCUGUGCUGGAGAUCAGAAUUUAUUUACCUCCAUUUACCCAACGCUCUCCCAGCAGCUGCCGAGAGAACCGAUGGAAUGGAGAAGGUCCUAUGGCCGGGCUCCCAAGAUGAUUCACCUGGAAUCCAAUUUCGUGCAGUUCAAGGAGGAGCUGCUGCCCAAAGAAGGAAACAAGGCCCUGCUCACCUUCCCCUUCCUGCACGUUUACUGGACGGAGUGCUGUGACACUGAAGUGUAUAAAGCUACAGUAAAAGACGACCUUACCAAGUGGCAGAAUGUUCUGAAAGCCCAUAGCUCUGUGGACUGGUUAAUAGUGGUAGUUGAAAAUGAUGCCAAGAAAAAAAACAAAACCAACAUCCUUCCCCGAACUUCUAUUGUGGACAAAAUAAGAAAUGAUUUUUGUAAUAAACAGAGUGACAGGUGUGUUGUGCUCACCGACCCCCUGAAGGACUCUUCUCGAACUCAGGAAUCCUGGAACACCUUCCUGACCAAACUCAGGACAUUGCUUCUUAUGUCUUUUACCAAAAACCUAGGCAAGUUUGAGGAUGACAUGAGAACCUUGAGGGAGAAGAGGACUGAGCCAGGCUGGAGCUUUUGUGAAUAUUUCAUGGUUCAGGAGGAACUUGCCUUUGUGUUUGAGAUGCUGCAGCAGUUCGAAGACGCCCUGGUGCAGUACGAUGAGCUGGACGCCCUGUUCUCCCAGUACGUGGUCAACUUUGGUGCUGGCGAUGGUGCCAACUGGCUGACUUUUUUCUGCCAGCCGGUGAAGAGCUGGAAUGGAUUGAUCCUCCGAAAGCCCAUAGAUAUGGAGAAGCGUGAAUUGAUACAGAGGCAAGAAGCUACCCUGUUAGAUCUGCGCAGUUACCUGUUUGCUCGCCAGUGCACCCUGCUCCUCUUCCUGCAGAGGCCGUGGGAGGUGGCUCAGCGCGCCCUAGAGCUGCUGCACAGCUGUGUGCAGGAGCUGAAGCUCCUGGAAGUCUCUGUCCCACCCGGCGCCCUGGACUGCUGGGUGUUCCUGAGCUGCCUGGAGGUGCUGCAGAGGAUCGAAGGCUGCUGCGACCGGGCGCAGAUAGACUCGAACAUCGCCCACACUGUGGGCUUAUGGAGCUACGCCACAGAGAAGCUCAAGUCCCUGGGCUACCUGUGUGGACUGGUGUCAGAAAAAGGACCCGACUCAGAAGACCUCAACAGGACAGUCGACCUUUUGGCAGGUUUGGGAGCUGAGCGUCCGGAAACAGCCAACACAGCUCAGAGUCCUUAUAAGAAACUCAAAGAAGCAUUGUCAUCAGUAGAAGCUUUUGAAAAACACUACUUAGAUCUGUCCCACGCCACCAUUGAAAUGUAUACAAGUAUUGGGAGGAUUCGGUCUGCCAAGCUUGUUGGAAAGGAUCUGGCAGAGUUUUACAUGAGGAAGAAGUCUCCACAAAAGGCGGAGAGCUACCUCCAAGGGGCGCUGAAGAAUUACCUGGCUGAGGGCUGGGCGCUGCCUAUUACGCACACACGGAAGCAGCUGGCCGAAUGCCAGAAGCACCUUGGACAGAUUGAGAACUACCUGCAGACCAGCAGCCUUCUAGCCGGCGACCACCACUUAACCGAAGAGGAGCGGACGUACUUCUGCCAAGAGAUUCUGAACUUUGCCAGCCGACAGACGGAUAGCCCAGGUCACAAAGUCGUACUCCCUAUGCAUUCUUUCGCACACCUGAGGGAUCUCCGUUUUACCCCCUCCAACGCCGUGGUCCACGUGGGCGGCGUUUUGUCCGUGGAGAUAACUGUGUGCAGUCAGAUGCCCAUCCCUGUCCGCCUGGAGCAGAUCACCAUCAGCGUCCACUUCAGCAUUGAGAAAAACAGCUACCGGAAGACUGCCGAGUGGCUUACCAAGCACAAGACGUCCAAUGGGAUCAUUAACUUUCCGGUGGAGACCUUGCCUUUCCCCGCGUCCCAGAACAGUUUCCCGGCGCUGGAGUUGUAUGAGAUGUUUGAGAGAAGCCCUUCUGACAACUCCCUGAACACCACGGGGAUCAUAUGCAAAAAUGUUCACAUGCUGCUGAGGAGGCAGGAGAGCAGCGCUGCUCUGGACUCGCCUCCGGGGGUGGCUCUGGAGGACGGGGCCCACGUGCUGAAGUGUGGGGAUGUGACUCUGGAACCGGGGGCCAAUACGAUCACGUUCAGGACACAGGCCAAGGAGCCUGGAACGUACACGCUGCGGCAGCUGUGCGCCUCGGCGGGCCCAGUGUGCUUCGUCCUUCCGCACCUCUACCCGCUGGCGCAGUACGACGUGUACUCCCAGGAGCCGCAGUUGCACGUGGAGCCGCUGGCUGAUAGUCUUUUGGCUGGUAUUCCGCAGAAGGUCAAGUUCACUGUCACUACUGGCCACUAUACAGUGAAAAAUGGGGACAGCCUCCAGCUCAGCAAUGUGGAAGCCAUGCUCAUCCUGUGUCAUGCCGAGAACAGAGCAGUGAUCUAUUCCAACACAAGAGAAAAGGCUUCUGAGGCGUCCCUUCGGGUUCAGUCGUCUGACAAGGUCACAAGCAUCAGUCUGCCUGCUGCGCCUGCGUACCACAUGAUCGAAUUUGAACUGGAAGUCCUGUCUUUACCUUCAGCUCCAGCAACUGGAGGGGAGAGCAGCACACUGGGGGUGACAGAGGCCCAGAGGAAGCAUAAGGACACACAGAAGGCUGGCCACUGCAUGGCUACCACGGACCACAAAGUGUCCAUCGAGUGCCCGUGGUCCAUCUACUCCACCGUCAUCGCGCUGACGUUCUGCAUGCCCUUCAGGACCACACAUGCUCUGCUGUCAUCGGGGACACGGAAAUACAUUCAAGUUUGUAUCCAGAAUUUGUCGGAACUUGACUUCCACCUGUCAGAUAGCGCCCUGGUAGACCUCGGGGGGAGCGCUGACCUGCAGCUGCUGCCGCUGAACCUGGAGUCCCAGCAGCACAUCUGCAGCCAGCAGUCGGUGUUCUUUGUCUGGGAGCUGACGUGGACACGAGAGCCACCCCCUUCGCUGCACGCUCGAUUCUCCGUGGGAUUCCGCCCCGCCUCUCAAGAACGGCUGACUGUCUCCUUAAAACCCUAUACUUACGAAUUCCAAGUGGAAAACUUCUUUACGCUGUACGACGUGAGAGCUGAGAUCCUGCCCCCUGCGGGGGCCGAGCUCUGUAGGACAGGCUCACUGUGCGCCCUGGAGGUGUCCAUCACGCGCCUCUCGGACCUCCUGGAGGUAGACAGGGACGAAGCUCUGACAGAAUCCGAGGAACAUUUUUCCACCAAGCUCAUGUAUGAAGUGGUCGACAACAGUAGCAAUUGGGCAGUGUGUGGGAAAAGUUCCGGAGUCAUCUCCAUGCCUGUGGUCCCUCAGGCCACGCACAGAGUCCACAUGGAGGUGAUGCCCCUGUUUGCGGGUUACCUGCCCCUUCCCGACGUCAGGCUGUUCAAGUACCUCCCGCAUCACUCUGCACACUCCUCACAGCUGGAUGCUGAUAGCUGGAUAGAAAAUGACAGCCUGUCGGUGGACAAGCAUGUGGACGACCAGCUGGACAGCAGCAGCGUCAAGAGCAGGGGCAGCGUGCACUCGGCCGCCAGCAGCGAGCACAAAGGCUUGCCUAUGCCCCGGCUGCAGGCGCUGCCGUCCGGCCAGGUCUUCAACUCCAGCACAGGCAUGCAGAUCCUGGUCAUCCCCAGCAAAGACGACCAUGUUCUUGAAGUCAGCGUCACAUGACCAGGCCUCGGUGAACAUGCCCAGACCUGGUGUGAAUGCACUCGAAGGGAUCCUGACUCGAUUGUUCUCCAUGGUAAUGUUCUAGCUCUAACCACACCUGGAGACUCUGCCUGGCCAUCGAAGCAUCAGACGGGCUCCAUGUACAGCUGGCCACAGAGUCCAACUUUUAGUUUGUGUUGUCAGUGGUGUAAGGUUACUUACCACUUUCUCACCUCCCUGCCCCUGUGCUGGUGUCCUCCAGUGCUGGCCCUGAGCCCGCUUCCUUACCCUCACUCCCCGCUCAUGCGAGCUCUUCAGAGGGGUCUCCCCGCUGGGCAGCCUGCAGUCUGCCGGUUCUUCGCGAGGUCCACGUGUCUUCCAGGGAGACUCUCGGCAGGCCUCUCGGUCUCAGUAGUGAUGCACGUGUGCCUUUCUGGUCUCACGGCUGCCUGGUCUCUGGACCACGUGGAUUUGUCAGUCUCCUAAGGGGUAACACAGUCCUUUACCUCAGCUCAUCUAAUUGUGCUUUUCUAGAAAAACCCCCUUUUAGGGCAGGUAGGUGGGACUAAGGGUUGGGGUGGGGAGGGAACAACCCCUUCUGUGCCUUGGGAUGUCGAACUGGGCCGACCCAGAGCACCCAUUAGCUGGAGCCGUCUGAAAGGUACUUUGAGAAGACCAGAGCAGGGCCUAGGGAACAAAGAGCUCGGUAUUGAAACAGUUUAGGGAGAAAUGUUUCUGGGACCCUUUUUCCCUCAUGAUGUUGAUUGAAUAUCAUAUGCACUUGAAAUUAAAUAUAUAUUUAUUUUAAUUAUAUAUGUGAGGGUAAAUAUGUUGUGUUUCCUCUCACCUUCAAACUUAGAGUCUUUACAUGUAAUUGUAACUGUAUAAUCAAUAUUUUUCUUUUGCACCUUAAAUCCUAGAAAUUAGGAGUUCCCAUUUGAGUGACAGUUGGAGGGGUCCUCUCGGUGUGUUUCUAGUCGGGUCGUAGGAGGGACAGAAGUCCUGGAGUGUUCUCUGCUGGUCCGCUAAAUUGCAGUCAUACCAUACCGACAGAUUAAUUUGCUUUUGGUUGUAAAUGUAACUGUACAUAUGGUUGAUUUAUUAUUUUUAAAAGUACAAACUAACUGAUGUAAUGUUUAUGUAUAAGUUGCACCAAAAAUCAAGGACAGAAUAAAUAUGUGUUUGUUUUUAUUGGUGUGAAAGUCACAGCUUGUAAAUAAGUGAUGUAUGUAUUAAACCUUUUCCAGCUUUCCAAAGCGAUGUAUUUUUGUAUAUAUGAAAAAGAGAACUCUUAAUUCACUGAGAAAGUGCUAUUGGGGUUGAACUUGACCCGAUUAGUGCAAGAAAGGGUGGGGCCUCGUGUGAAUAACCUCAGAUGUGUGAGCCUUCCAGAAGGAGCCUCCUGCAGCUGCUGCCCGCCCGGGCUCUGCAGCGGGCUCGUCCCCUGCCCGGGCAGCCUGGCGGGGUGGGGGUGCAGGGGUCUUGUCGGUGCACACACAGCAGAGCAGUCGCCAUCGCUUUUCUGUAGGUUGUCUGUCAACCCGAAUAAAGGCAGUAUGAUUUC